UAUUGGUCUUGAUUUUGGCUUUUUCUGAACGUUGUAUCAGAAGGCGACGCAUACAUGAACUCUCCUUUGUCUUGGACAAAUCAGUCGGAACGCAGUGCCUCCACCCCUUCACCGUAUUUUCGUGUAGGCGAAAUGGGAGCGGCUCCAGAGCCAUGGUCAAGCCUUCAGACCCCCGAUCUAGGAUUUUCCUCACCCGCUCCCUCAGACGAUGGUCAGAACAUAUUUGAUGUCCAAUUUAGCCACUCGACAAAUUCGGCUUCCACCGAAUCAAGCUCCCAAAUCAUGUCGUACUCGCUACCGCAAAACAUAUCAAACUAUGUUGGGAUUUCGUCUCGCUUUCCCAGCGGCUCGCACGAGGUGAUCCAGCAUGUUCCUCAGCCCACUACCCCCACUCCAUCCAGGGCAAAUGAUAGUGAUGACGCUGCUAGACGCAAAAUACAUCCCUGCCUGAUACCUGGAUGCGGCCGUCGCUUCGCGAAUCGAUACACCCUGAAGAUGCAUACAGAAGCUCACAAACCGAAAAAUAGGCCUUCGUACCCUUGCUCCUUUGGAUGCAAUGAAUGGUUUUCACGUCAGCACGAUCGACUUAGGCACGAAGUCUCUAAGCAUAACAAAGCUUGCGAGUUCUUGUGUAAUCUUUGUGGGAGGUUCUUUUCGACUGCGAAGACACUGGCAAAUCAUAAAUGUCCCAACGCACCAGGGGAGACUCGAUGGGUGCAUCAGUGAAAUUUAACUUGUUUACUAGACAACACGACUGGCUCAUUUCAACUUGGAAUGACGCCAUCAUUUUAACCUGUAUUCAUCAGUCUAGGAGAUUUUACACUUCUUUGACCGACUCCUUGAAUUCACUCUCUAUCAACACUAUCGUUAUUAUAUUCACUCUUUGUACAGUAUCUAUAACUAUGAUAAGCACCCCAACACGCCAUUCGUUUAUAAUAAAAGAAUAAUUGCUGUCAGCGCCGCACAUUUCG